AUGAUGAGCGAUGAUUGGUAUCGAGACUCCUCAGCGAGUGAUAAAUCCCAAAAAACCUUGAAAAGUACUCGUAAAAGACCAUCGACUGGCAUAUCCAGCAUUAUGGAGACAAAAAUCGAACCUUUAUUCACUUUCCCGGAGCAAUUGCUGGUCUGCAAACGUCCAAAACCCCGGGAGGAGACCUCAGUCAUCCGGAAGAGGAGAAUUAAAGAUUUCUACGACAAUUCCUACACUGGGAAUCGCCUCAGAAGGGAGAAAUUUCGACGCUUCAUGGUUGGACUUAUCGUGAAACCUGAGGGCUUCCAUGACGUCAGAGAUAAGGACGUUAAUCGGUAUUACAAUUAUGUUAGAAACGGGGUUGAUACCAUUCACGUCGCUAAUAUGGGGGAGAACGAUGUGGAGAAAAUUUUGAGCCUCGUACCCAGUGAUUUCCGUGAGAGAUUUCAGGAUUUUACGAAGGAACUUUUGGAACAAAUUAGAGAAGAUUAUGUUGGGGCUAUUAAACAGUCAAUUGUGGAUUUUGUGUUAUCAGAUCCUUUUCAGGAAGACAUUUCCCAGAAGGAGACGCUUAAAUUGAGUCCUGAAAAUUUUAUAUCACCAUCUGACUUCAACUCGUACCAAAAUCAAUUAAAAAAAUACCUGUUCCCGAUAAAUCCUUGUAUGAGGCUGACCCUAGAGCACUGGAUUAGAGACUGGAAGUCCUUUCGGCUGAUCGACCUCACUGCCCUUGAGGCGAACAACGAGAGCUGGAACUUAAUGGACUUCAAGUCGACUAUUUUCAAUCAGAUAUCGAACGGUAGAAAAAUAUUAAAAACUAAGUGGUUCGACAACAUUCAAAGUAUUUUUCUGGUGGUAAGCUCGGGUGGGGAACAAAAUCUCCUCGAAACUUCGUGCAUUUAACGCACUUAUCGGACUGUUCCAGAAUAAUAGGAAGGGGCUUGUAAUCAGCCCUUUGAAGAAAAAAAGUUUCAAACGUUUUUUCGACUGCGCCUGUACGAUGAUGGAAGCUCAGCUUUGGAGCUUUUGCACUCACACGC